UUCCCUUUUCUUUUUGUCUUUUUCCCUUCUUCGUUUCAAAUCUAUUCCCUCCUCCACUUCUUAUCAGCCAUGGGUUCCAUCAGUCUAAAACUCAUGGUGGCAUUCUUUGCUGAAUUGCUGCUCUUUAAGGAAAUCCCCUUACAGCGUAGGAGAGUUCUUGCAUUGGAGAAAUGGCAAGAAGUGGAGAAAACCCACCUCCUAACGGUGCAACUGGUGAUUCUCCACAAACAGAGAUCGGAGAAGCUGUCGAUAUGGCUGAAACCAGCAAUCGCAAUCUGUAUGACUCAACAGCUGGCACCUCCACUCAUUGAUCCUUCUACUAUAAGAUUCUUACAACAAAGGUCGAAGAUCAGUACAAAGCUUGCAAGAGCCAAAUCAAAGGUCGAGUAUAAAAGGCUCAUCCUGGAGUCAAUUUCAAACCUAGAAGAGGAAGAAGAAAAAGACUACGUUAGCACUUCUUCUGAUCCUCUUAUCCAACUUGACAAUGAUGACCUCCUCAACUUCCAGCCAUAGUAGGAGGCCUCACCACUGACAUCAUCAUCACCGACGACACCGAUGUUGCCACCAAAAAAUUAUCAUCAAAAUCCAAAUUGAAGUCAAGCAUGCACUGCCUCAAACUCCAACAAAUCGUAGUGCCCAAAGUCCGACUUUUAGUAAUCUAGCAGUUUUAAUUCCACAAAAUGCAACUAUUCAAGCCUCAUCACAAUCUUCAAUAGGAUCAUCACUGGCAUUGCCAACGCCAUCGAUUCUUCUAGGCUUUUUCAUUAUCCAUAGGAAAAGACCUAUCCACUGCCACAGAUCCAGUUCAUAGAAAAGACAAGCAUCACCAUCAACAUCUAGCUCAUCCACCAAUACUAGCAAAAUUAUUAAAAAGCCAUUCUAAAAGACUCAAGAAUACUUAAUUUGUCAUCAACCAGUAAAAGGCUGAUCCUCCCUCCAGGCUUUGCAGCUGGACUUCACGAAAGUCCCUUUGCAAAGGAUGGCAUCUUAUCAAAAAUAAGAUAGCAUCUCCUCAAAAGAAGCAAAAAUUAUGCAAAAUAACUCAAGCCCAUGGUUCAAGACUCAAAGGACAAAAGCAACAAAAGACAUGAAGAUUCUUCCUCCAAAAUCAUCUUCACCCAUGGUUUUCGCCCCUGGUUUUCUCUAACACAAGGAAUAUCAAGGACCACAAUCUCAAAAGAAGCACAAGUCUGCAAACCUUUUAUAAGAAGCUCCUCCGACAUCCGAAGAAGGCAUCACUUCAUCGACUAAGAGAGCAUUACCUAGAGUAGGAAGGACAGCAAGAGUGAAAGGGAAGCUAAAAAGAGUAGCCUCUCUCCACCUCUCAUAAGAGAAUCCUUAUAACCCUUGUAUCCAAAAAACUCCCUUCAAUCAAAAAUCCAAAACCCUUGUAGCUCCAACCUUGCGGACCCAAGUUUGUAGCUUCAAGCCUCAAUAGUCUA